CAAGAGAAAAAGCUCCAUCGAACGAAAAACCUCAACAUGUUAUGGGCACGUGCUGUCGACUGGUCUCUUGGUAAUAUCGAAAAUGUAGCUGGAGAGCUGCGUGACGAGUUCGAGAAAUGGUUCUACUUCGCUAUAUCGUGCCCAGUUGAAGGAGGACGUGCAUUUGAUUCGAUCAAAAAUGCUUUGAAGGCUAGGAAUUAUACCUUGGCUGCUCAUAUGAUCGGGAUCGUUGGGUCAUUCACACAGAAAUGCACUGACAUCGACUAUGCUGCGAUUGACCCAGAGCACGAAUUGGUUUUCGACUGGACCUCGGCACUGAUGAAACAUACACCUAUGGAAGCAUAG